AUGAAGCUGGUGCGCGCGCGCGAUCGCGCAGGGAACACCGCGAACUCCAUGUCGGCGCCUCUGGAGGACUGGGUGACAAUGGCCUUGGACAUGCAGCUCACCUGCUUGGCAUUGGGUGUGUGCGAACUGAUCUCCAGGGAUAUCGAGGUCGCGCGGCCCCUCGUCAACCUGACUGUACUGAAGAUCAACGGCGCCCUGUUCACGCGCGACACCCCGGCGGCCCAGCCCCUCGUCACUUGGCCUACAUCAUUCUGCGCAACGCCAAGUUCAUGUGCAGCGUCGCAGCGGCGGAGCCCCUCGCCAUCUAGCCGCGGAUUUCAUGGACACGCAGUGGUAGGCGACGACGCGGCGGUGGAGCCCCUCGCCAGGGUGGCUUCGCUGAGCCUCGCCGACGCGCAGGUCGCGGGCGACUUCGCGGCGGUGGGGCCCCCCGCCAGGUCACGGGCGACAUCGAGUCGCUUGAGCCCCUCGUCUAGUUGA